AUCUUCGUGUUGUUAAGAAUCUAGAAAUAAUUUAAGUUCCAUGGAUUUGUGUUGACAUGUAAUUUUAAUAUAAAACUAUACGGUUAUUUGAUUGCAACACAUUUAGUGUUAAUAAUAAUAUUGAGCAUUAAGAAUGCAGUAGGCAGUUAAGCAUAAAUCGAUAUUUACAUCGCGUUCUACUUUUCGUCGAUAAGCAGUUAUAUUUAAAUACAGGUAAAUAUAUAGAAUACUAUCAUAGUGCAUUUAAAAAAACAUCGUCCACUGGAAGAAACGGAUUAACUAAAGACGAUGGCGACAUCAUUGCGCGCGGUACGUAAGGUGUACACAGGCCACAAGCAGCGAGAGGGAGGAGGUUUCAUCGUGCGCCGCGCUCUAGGAGGGUCCGUGCCGUUAUGUGACCCUUUCCUGAUGCUUGACCACUUUGGUCCUAUCACGUACGCACCCGGGGAGGCCUUAGGGGCUCCUGACCACCCCCACAGGGGCUUCGAGACCGUCAGCUACGUGAUCAGCGGCGAGAUGUGUCAUAAAGACUCACAAGGCAACACUGGAAACCUGGGUCCCGGCUGGGUGCAAUGGAUGACAGCCGGAAGUGGUGUCGUGCACGCGGAGAUGCCGUCAGAGAAUACCCGGAAACACGGAGGCACAGUGGAGGGCUUUCAGCUCUGGGUCAACCUGCUGGCCAAAGAUAAGAUGAUCCCCCCUCGCUACCAGGACACGCCCCCUGACAAGAUACCCGUUGCCAUGACGACAGACAAACGCGUUGUUGUGAAAGUCAUUGCCGGCGAGUCGCUUGGGACCCGCGCAAGCAUCUCCACGCGCACCCCUAUCAUGUACCUCGACAUUCUGUUGACUCCGGGGUCGGAGUUUACACAGCACGUGCCGGAAAGAUAUGACGGAUUCAUUUAUGUUCGGGGUGGGAAAGCUACCAUUGGGAAAGUUGAUAUAGAAUUUGGACAGACUGCAAUAUUGGCACAAGGCACAGACGUCAAGAUUGAAAACCAUCAAAAGGAGGAGUGCCGGCUGCUGCUGAUCGCGGGGGAGCCGCUGCGGGAACCCGUGGUGCAACAUGGCCCCUUUGUGAUGAACACAGAACAGCAGAUUACACAGGCUAUCGAGGAUUACCGGAAGGGGAAGCUGGGUGAGAUUCCGGGGGCUGAUGAGAGACGCCGGGAGACGGAAGCAGCCAAGCGAACACAGAAGAGCACCGGAACAUGGGAUCGCAGCUAACUGCAUAAUAGUUCACUUUAGUGUUGAUUUUCUACUACAGGCGUAAAGAUCGAAGCAAAAAUAAAUCUUAAGUGAAGUGAUUGUAUUUAGAAUGUUUUGUCUUUGACGUUACAUUAACCAGAUAAAAUACUGUAUAUCUUUUGGUGUACUAUUUAUGUGUAAUUACGGUUUAAUUUUUAAUAUGAUGUAUACCAUUUAAUUGUUUUGAAUAUUUUCACGAGUCAUGUUUUCUAUUAGUUAUCACAAUAAUUUUUGUAAAGAUAUGCUUUUUGCAUGAAAUGUUUUAAAGAGGCACGAGAUAGAAAAUCCAGGCACAAAUCUCACUGUUUUAAUGAAAAUACCGUACGUAUAUUAACUGUAGUAGUUAUUGACCACAAUCAAGUAAUUUGUUCGCAAACUUUCUUUGAAACUAGCAUGAUCAGAAAAUGUGCUAGGUAGUCAGUAUUAUUGACCUGUAUAUUUAUGUUGUGUUAUUUCCUUUAAUAAUUUUGAUUAAUUUCUGUGUCAAUGCCAUCAAUUGGCCGCAAGUUGGGCGCCAAUAUUGCCGACUGGUAAUAUGUGGGUUCUAUCGUGGUGCAUGUAUAAAUAAACUCGCAUCGACAACUGUAACACAUGUAUUUGUUAUAAUAAAUAUUACAAAUAUG